AUGCGGGUAGCCGCUCACAAUCAAAGGCCUCCUUUUGAGCCCUUGAAGUUCAUCCCCCCAGGGGAAAGGGAGGCAGUGCUUGACCUUCCUAUUAGGUGGGUCAAUGUCGUUGCGCAUGACCCGCUUGAAGGAGGAGGCAAUCAUUGGUGCUUCUAUCUCAAUGUUACCGACGCUCGUUCGGUGCGGAUUGACAUGACUCCGUCGUACACCGUUCCUGGUGUCACGAACCGCAGCGGCAGCAAGGGUAUCAUGGUUGUUAGUCACCUUUCAUACGCUGUCUCGCGGUCGGCAGAAAAGGUCAUGCAAAUUCAAUCUCGCCCUGGCUGCAAAGCGAGAGAUUUCAUCAACUUACUCGUGAGCCAAAAGCGCCAUCAAUAUGAGUUCACUGCCGACGGCGAGGGCUGCAGGUUUUGGACCGACCAACAAAUUGAUUUCCUUCAGAGAUCUGGAUUACUUGUGGACCCUACCCAGGUUGCAGCUGCCAAAAACGCCAUUCUCACUAAGUGGCCCAGUGGAGGCAGAUACCCUCUUGUGGUUGGCACCUAUUAUCCCUGA